GAGUGUAUUAAGUUGUUCAGUAGGAGAGCAGUCAGCGACGGUACCGAGCCGCUAGCAGCUCUCUCCUAAUGGGAAAGCAUUUCAAAAAUUAUUAAUUCAGAAUAAUCAUAACAACAAAUCUCACGCGUUUUACAUCAGACACCUGAGUGUCAAAUAAACUGUAUUGUGGACCUUCUGAGUGUUUUCAUGAUGGAGGACCGGAAGGAAGAGAACGACGCAGAGAUUCAAGAACACGGACCCGAACACUGGUUUUCGAACUGGGAGAGGCAGUGCCUCGCGGAGGCCGAUCACACGGAACCGAGGGAAGAGGAGGUCGACGAGAGCCCAGAAAAACUCUGGCACAUGUUUCAAAACUCGGCGACGGCCGUGGCGCAGCUUUAUAAAGAUCGAGUUUGUCAUCAACAAGGACUGUCCCUGUGGGUGCCGUUUCAGAACGCAGCAACAGCCGUCACCAACCUUUACAAAGAAAGCGUUGAUGCACAUCAGCGGAGCUACGAGCUCGGGAUUCAGAUGGGCCAGCAGAGACGCAACAAGGAAGUCUUGGCCUGGGUGAAGAAGCGCAGGAGGAACAUUCGGAGGGAGGAUCUUAUCAGCUUCCUGUGUGGCAAAGCUCCUCCUCCGAGGGUCUCCAGAGCCACACCCAGAAUCCCGCCCAACCGGCCGCCUUCGUCCGACCCGGUGUCCUCUGUCGAGACGGACCUGCAGCCUUUUCGCGAAGCCAUUGCACUGCACGGACUGAGUGGUGCGAUGGCCAGCAUCAGUGUCCGCUCGGGGACUCCGGGUUCGCCCACACACGUGAGCGGCGGCUCUAACCCGGGCCGCAGGAGAAACGGCCUCCACGACGUUGACUUGAACACUUUUAUAGCAGAGGAGAUGGCACUGCACCUGGAGAACGCCGGCGGCAGGAAGCGCACCAGCGCCCAGUGCGGCGACGUCAUCACGGACUCGCCGACCCACAAACGCAACCGGAUGAUCUGAGCUCCACACAUGUACGCACACAUGUACACGCUGCUCGAUAAUAAAGCCACUCAAUCCUCA